UGUAAAGUGCAGAAUGUUAUAGUGCAGAAUGUUAUAGUACAGAAUGUUAUAGUGCAGAAUGUUAUAGUGCAGAUUGUUAUAGUGGAUAAUGUUAAAAAGCAGAUUCGGGUCUGUAGGACCCCCGUGAGUCCUCGCAGCUCUAAUGUGAAGAUGCCCCCUAUACGCCAGAGCUACACCAAAGACAUGCCACCAGAAGCGCUGCUACACCAGUCGUGCGAGGCCAUCCUCUCCCCCUCCCAGAGCCACAUCAUCGAAAUCCUGUCUUCGGAAGAGUACCCACUCGGUACUCACGCUAACCGGAAGACGUUCAAGUACUCGGCGGAUGUCGUCAUACAGGACAGCAGGAAAGGCAAGAAAAAAGUCAGGUCUUCAAGAAACCCGGACGAUUGGGACGAGGACGAUGUACGAGAAUUCUGGAAAUCGCGAGACAAGAAAGUUCAAAGCAGCGACAUCGAUGUCAAUCCUGCGCUCAUGUUGGCCCGUGAGAAGUUCAACAGAAAAAAAGGCAAACAGAGAGGAAGUACCCUGAGUAUCGAAGGCUCCGAUCCUCGUGAGUACUAG